GGCGCUUGAGGCGCGAGCGGGCCGCGCCGCUGCUGAAGGAGGGAGCCGCCGCCGCUGCUGCCGCCGCCAUGGAGGUGGGAGGCGGCCCGAGCCAGGCGGCGGCUUCCCCGCCGCGCUACCGCCUGGUGGCCGAGAUCGGGCGCGGCGCCUACGGCGUGGUGUACGAGGCCGUGUCGGGCCGCAGCGGAGCCCGCCUGGCCGUCAAGCGCAUCCGCUGCGACGCGCCCGAGAACGUGGAGCUGGCGCUGGCCGAGUUCUGGGCCCUGACCAGCCUCCGCCGCCGACACCCCAACGUGGUGCGCUUCGAGGAGUGCGUCCUGCAGAGAGACGGCCUCGGGCAGCGCAUGAGCCACGGCAACAAGCAGAGCGCCCUCUACCUCCGCCUCGUCGAGACCUCCCUCAAAGGUAGGCCGCGGGGGGGGGGAGGGGCGCCAUAUACCACCCAGGGGGGAGGGGGGCCACCCAUGGAGGGUCUCCCCCCCAAAAAAAAACCCCCCAGCCCUCGCCCUGCAUACCUCGGGAGGAAAUGCCCCACCUCGGGAGUAAGGGGCCCACCCCGAGAGAGGCCCCCCCCGCCUUUGCUGGCGCUCCUCGGGAGUCGGAGGGAGGGGGUGUGCUGGGCGAGGAUCCUGUGCAAAGGUAAGGAGGCUGCUGCUGCUCUGUACAGGCCCAGCACACGCGCGUGCACGCUACAGCAGGUCCGCGCGUCCCCUUCCCUCCACUUUCAGUUUGUUUUGCUUGUUCGAUCUGCAUGCUGCUCUGGGGAAAUGAUCCCCGGAGUAGUUUGCAAGUCGCUUGUGCCUUAAACUGGGGCACGGGGCCUAAUGCUGCCCAUGUGUUGGGUGUCUGGGAAUGCCUACUUCCUGCUUGCGAGUUUUCUUCUGGGGGGGUGAGGGCAGAGGACAGGUGCCCCUUCCGCCUUGAAAGGCCUGAUCCGAACAGCCAGCCUCUUAUUAUGUUAAGGCAUCUGGUGAAAGGAGGGGUACUGGAGGUUUGGUUCAGGGCAAGACUCUAUGGAAAGGGGGGAGUUUUUUCUCCCCAGGUUGAGCUACUAAACUGAGGUGUGUACGUGAGGGGAAUCCUUCCUAGGGUGCCUUAUGUGGAGUAAUCUUGUGUGGCUACAUUUAAGGGAUGGGUCCUGCAAACUGCCCUUUGUAUUCGUAGCAGAAGCAAAAAGGUGCGUAAAUAGCGGUUGCGUGGCACAUGAAACUUCUGUACAGUGGUACCUCUGGAUGCGAACGGGAUCCGUUCCGGAGCCCUGUUCGCAUCCUGAAGCGAACGCAACUCGCAUGCGCCGGUCGUGAUUCUCUGCUUCUGCACAUGAUGUCAUUUUGAGUGUCUGCGCAAGCGGCGAAACCCGGAGGCAACGCACUCCAUUACUUCCGGGUCGCCGCAGAGCGCAACCCGAAAAGGCUUAACCUGAAGCGACUUCAACCCGAGGUAUGACUGUAUAUGCAUACACUUCAAGGUAUUGGACCUUGUGGAGAUGUUGGGGGAGGGACAGGGGAAAAUCCCUGUGCAAUGUUCCCUAUACAGUCAUACCUCGGGUUACAGCCGCUUCAGGUUGCGUUUUUUCGGGUUGCGGACCGCCGAAACCCAGUACAGGAACGGGUUACUUCCGGGUUUUGGCGGUUGCACAUGCACAGGAGCACUAAAUCACGCUAUGCACAGAAGCGCUGAAUCGCAACCCGUGCGUGCGCAGAUGCGGGUUGCGAACGUGCAUCCUGCACGGAUCAUGUUCGCAACCCGAGCGUCCGCUGUAGAUGCCUGGUGUGUGCAUACACCAAAGUAUUGGGGCCCAUGAAUGGAUCUUUAUAUGUAAUAGGUACACAAUUUUAAAACGAGUAUAAGAAGAUGGUGCUAAGCAUCUUGCUUACACAUCCUACAAUAUACUGGACCCCAGGGCCAGACCAUCUGUGAGAUGACUGCCUUGGGUGGCAGGAUCCACCGGGGUAACAGGUCUCAAUGUAAUACACACACACACACACACACACACACACACUUCCUGGUGUAGAUCUUGCAUCACCCCUUUUAUUGGACCAGCCCUGCUGGACUCCUUUGGUUAUGGAAGUAUAGCGCAAAGAGUCAUGGGGAAAGAUGGGCACAUCCUCAGUGGGACACAGACAGUGUGGCUAAGUUCUACCUCCAGUAGUGCGCUGGCUGCUGUGAGAACAGUAUGCUAGACUAAAUUGACCACUGGCUUUUCUUAUGUUCUUACCACUGAGCUGUGCCUAUUCCCUGAGUACAGUGGUACCUCAGGUUACAUACGCUUCAGGUUACAUACGCUUCAGGUUACAGACUCCGCUAACCCAGAAAUAGUGCUUCAGGUUAAGAACUUUGCUUCAGGAUGAGAACAGAAAUCGUGCUCCUGCGGCGCGGCAGCAGCAGGAGGCCCCAUUAGCUAAAGUGGUGCUUCAGGUUAAGAACAGUUUCAGGUUAAGUAUGGACCUCCGAAACGAAUUAAAUACUUAACCUGAGGUACCACUGUAUAGGAAAUUUGCAUGUGGUCCUCUUAGGUCCCUUCUCCAAAUCCAAGCUGACUGAAUCAUGUACAGAGACCUGAAUCAUGUACAGAGACCUUCCUCAGAGAGAGCACUGAGUAAGUAGGCCCUGCAAAGAUGAGUGAAUGCUUACAAAAUACCAGCCCCUGAAGUGCUUUUUUAUAAAAAUCCUCAGAAAGUUUGCUUAACAGUUGUGUGUGUGUGUCUUUGAUGGUUCUUUGCAGUUGUUGUCUUUUCUGUUCCCCCUUUUUGCCUUCCUGACUUCAUAAGUUGAAGCCGCAUCUCAUGGUGGCUUCAGUCAGUGCAAUAAAGAGCUCCUAAAGAUCUCAACAUGAUCUCUGGGACAAGCAAUUAGCUUGCAGCCCAUCUGUAAAUAUUUUCCAACUUUGUUCAGGCCAGUCUAGUGUGUGAAAGAGUCAUUUUAAUGCAUAUAUCUAACCUCUACACAUGCGCACCUAUCUCCUUGUCCCUCAUCUCUCCUCUGAUAGUAGUUCAUUUCCUUUGGGAUGAGCAGAGACCUCCUGGAAAUAGCUUUAUUUCUUUCCUCAUACCCACCUCCCACCACCACCACCUCGGUCUGUAUUCCUGUCCCUAGUGAUCCAUCUCCACACUAGUCAACCUCAUAUUCCGUCAGGAGUCACUGUCGCCAUGCCCUUUGGAAUAGCAGGCACCACAAUUACGCCAAAGGCUCAGGUGGUGAGGAUGAUCCUCUUGGGGGGUGAGGUGCCUAAUAAGGAGGGAAAGAGACCAAACAGCAACUCAGCUUUCUGUGGGACAAUUCUUUAGCAGAAGGUUGCCACAGAUUUUCUUUUAUUAUUUCUCGACAUUUAGCGUAGCCUGUGUCUUUUAAUAAAGGGCAUUCCUUAGACCCAAAUAAAUCUACCGCGUGUGGAGAGUGGUGGGGGAUGGGGAGAAGAGCGAGCAUGUGUGUAGAGCAUGUGGGUAGGCAAUGUGCAGCCUUGGACCCAGCAGCAUCACCCAGUCUGAGCGUGUGCUGGACUGUGUGCUCUUUGCAAGGCAAACUGUCAGUGUACAGAGCUGGCUUAUUAUAGCUAAGCCAAGCCCCUUCACGUGUCGGCUGGCGUGCCACAGAGCCUGCUCAGCUGCGUGCCAUGCGGGAGCUCGCAAAAUGUCCAAAUGGGCACCACAGAAAAACGUGCAGCAUCCAUUUGCUGUGCGUUGGCAACCUUUUGAGUUUCUUGCUUUAUUGCCUUGAACUCAGGGCUAGUCGCUCACUGUUGCCUCGUCAACACAACAUGGGGGGUCACUCAACAUUGGAAAGAGAAGGUGAUCACUAACUUUCCAGUGUGUCUAAUUAAUAUGGGAGAGGGGUGCUUUUCCCAUAGCCGUUUAGUUAUUUUUGAUGAAUUGACUUUCUGCUAAUGUCCACUAGGCAUCUUAGCAAUAAAAAUAAUAAUAAUAAUAAAUUUUAUUUAUACCCCGCCCUCCCCAGCCAAGUCCGGACUCAGGGCAGCUAACACCAGGUUUGAAAACAAUUGAUCAAAAUACAACUUAAAAACAGGAUUAAAGUACAGCAUUAAAAUGCAGCCUCAUUUCAGCAGAAACUCAAAUCAAAAACUUUUUGGGGAUGAAAACUUCAAAUGAGGGAUUUCACAGUCCAAUCCUACACACAUUGACUUGAAAGUAAUUCUAAUUGUGUUCAGCUAGGCUUUCUUUCAGGUAAGUGUGCAUAAGGGUUACAGUUUCUGUGUGUGGCUGUUUAUACCGUGUGGCUGUUAAUUGCAAAGCACGCUCUAAACGGAUGCUUAUUUCUCAUGGCCCAUUACUAGCUAUGAAAUUGCUUACCGUAGUUAAUACCUGAGACAGAACAACUGAAAUAUUAAAUUGUUUAAUCUCUGUUAUGUUACAAAAUUUUCAUGUUUUUCUUUAGACUGAAAAAAACUUAAGUUUGAGGCAUUAAUGGAACAGAGGGAGCACCUGCGUGGCUUGUAAUUUAGUGACCCCCAUAAGACCUUCUGAUUUUUCUUUUCUGAGUGCAGCAACAAUCUCUUCAGUAUCCAUUUUAACACUGCCUUCCCUCUCAUCCUCUUGUUCACCUCCAGCUUAUAACAGGAAAGAAUACUCUCUUUUUCCGCCCACUCCCCCUGUAUACAAUCAAAUCCUUCUAGAGGCCUGUAGCCCACACCCUUUUUCAUGUAUUUUUUUUUUCUUUCUAAAGUUUUUCCUACUUGCUGUUGACAGGGCAGGAUAGCCAAGUGGUGAUAUAGCCUUCAAUUACCAUAGCAGUAGUCAUGGGAACAGACUUGUUUAUGCAAAUAGCCUGUGCUCCUCACUAUUAUGGAGGCUGUUAUCAAAGACCUGGGAGCAACUUAUCUCUGGUUCUGUUUGGUCAUACUUGGCGUCUUCUCUUUGGAAGGUCUGUUUUGCUAUCUUGCACUCUUCCCAAGGCCCUUGGCUUGCUGCAAGGUGGAGCGACAAGAUGCGCGAGAGCCCAAAAGACAUUUCAGUAGGAAAAGGAAAAGCAAUUCAAAGCUUACAUGCAGGAGUGUUAUUAUUUCAUAUAUAUUUAUAUAUUGCUUAGUACUGUCUUAAGUGGUUUCCCAACAUAUAAACAUAUAUGUAAUACAGUCAUACCUCAUGUUACAUCCGCUUCAGGUUGUGUGUUUUCGUCUUGCAUCCCACGGCAACCCAGAAGUACUGGAAUGGGUUACUUCCGGGUUUUGCCACAUGCGCAGAAGCGCUAAAUCGCGCCUGCGCAGACACAGCGCUUCAAGUUGUGGGCUUUUCAUGUUAUGGACGGGCCUCCGGAACGGAUCCUGUCCGUAACACAAGGUACCACUGUAAUGGAACUAAGAGGCUGUAAUACCAGAUGAAAGAAUAGCAUCUCAGAAUAACAAAAACAUAGUGGCGUACUUAGACUUUUAAUAUGUUUCCAGGGAAAUGAGUCAGUAGCCUGGCAACAAAAUCCCUGUACAGUGGAUGGAGGAUUGAAAAAAGGUAUGGUCCACAAACAUUUGGACCCUUCCCCUCCAACCAUAACCACAGAAACAGGAUCACCAUCCCUCUCUCCCUCUGGCUAAGGUACAUCCACCCUCACAGUGUGCAGCACUCACCCCACAAAAACAUACACACACCACAGGAAAAUGCACACAGGGCAUAGCCUUUGUAAUAUGGUAUCAAAUGCUUUUCGUUUCAAAAGCGAAACCAGAUUAGCUUGAUUGAGCAAUAACUUGUCUCCUGGAUUUAAUAAAUUCCAUCUGCUGAUGGGCUGCGUGCUGGUGAGGACUACCUGCCUUCCCAUUCAAGCAGCCAGUUCAGUCAGAUGGCUCCAAGUCAUUGUUUGCAAUGAAACACACCCUGGCAGCCAUUUCUGUGGUGCUUUUGUGGCUAGAGGCCUUGGAAGAGGGUGCCUAGGAGACAGCUGCUAGUCAGCAUGGGAGAAAGUGUAUUAAAAUAUUGCCCGCGGGAUGUCAGAAUAUUGCUGGAGGUCUGUUCCUGUGAGAUCUGAAAUGUUGCACAGAAGUCAAAAGUGUGUUGAUCUUUAAUAGAGAGAUUUCUGAAAGCAUUUCUGUUCAUCUAUGUUCAUCAAAGAGCCAGGCCAUGUCCUGACCUGUUGACAGGGCCUCCAGUGAUGGAUUCACCACUGCACAUCCAGUUUUCACAAAAUAAAUCGGUUUAGUUUUGUGUAGAAUAGACCUCUGGGACAGUGCUAGGAAGAUGUGCUAUCCAAUUGCACACUCCUUUCCCAGGUUCCGAUUUAUCUUUGUAGUCUCCCCGUCUUGCUCAUGCAGUAACCCUUCUCCUUCUCCUUUCUCUUCCCCCGGCAAGGUGAGAGGAUCUUGGGCUAUGCUGAAGAACCUUGUUAUCUCUGGUUCGUCAUGGAGUACUGCGAAGGGGGAGACCUGAACCAGUACAUCCUUUCCCGCAGGCCUGACCCGGCCACCAACAAGAGUUUCAUGUUGCAGCUGACGAGCGCCAUUGCCUUCCUUCACAAGAACCACAUUGUGCACAGAGACCUGAAGCCGGACAACAUCCUCAUCACGGAGCAGUCGGGCGCUCCUGUCCUCAAGGUGGCAGACUUUGGGCUCAGCAAGGUGUGCGCCGGCUUGACUGCUCGAGGCAAGGACGGGGGGAACGAUAACAAAAAUGUGAAUGUGAACAAAUACUGGCUGUCUUCGGCUUGCGGCUCAGACUUCUACAUGGCUCCUGAGGUCUGGGAGGGGCACUACACUGCCAAGGCGGACAUCUUUGCCCUGGGCAUCAUCAUCUGGGCAAUGAUCGAGAGGAUAACGUUCAUCGAUGCCGAGACCAAGAAGGAGCUGCUGGGGACCUACAUCAAGCAGGGGACUGAGAUUGUGCCCGUCGGGGAGGCGCUGCUAGAAAACCCAAAGAUGGAGUUGCACAUCCCCCAGAAACGCAGGACUUCCAUGUCCGAGGGGAUCAAGCAGCUCUUGAAAGACAUGUUGGCUGCUAACCCGCAGGACCGACCCGAUGCCUUUGAGCUUGAAUCCAGGAUGGACCAGGUUACUUGUGCUGCUUAAACUCAGGUCAAAGUGUUGGUGUGCUUUGAAAACUGGGGUAAGUGCUCUGCAGUUUCUCUCUUCUCUGCACAACUUAGUGGGGCAAUGAAGCCAUUUUCUGUCUGUUAAGCUGCUUGGGGCUAUAGAGACAUUCAGUUGCCUAAGAAUUUCUUCCUUUGAUAGCAUUUCCACCUAGUUUACCUUGGUUUUUCCCUGUAACGACCAUUGAAAAGAUUGUUCUGUGAACCACCCUGAGAACUCCAGGUAUAGGGUGGUAUAUAAAUUCAAGAAAUAAUAAAUGAUAAUAAAACAUAACCUACAGCUUUGCUCUCUAAUGCUGUUCAAAUGAUGCAAGAGCAGUUUGUGCGUGUCUGCUCCCUUCCCUUCUACCUGAAUAAGAUGAGGUUGUGUGCAGUGAAUGAGAUUAAGGAGCAAGAUAAAAGGUAAAGGCACCCCUGACCAUUAGGUCCAGUCGUGGCUGACUCUGGGGUUGCGGCGCUCACCUCGCUUUAUUGGCCAAGGGAGCCGGCGUACAGCUUCCGGGUCAUGUGGCCAGCAUGACUAAGCCGCUUCUGGCGAACCAGAGCAGCGCACGGAAACGCCGUUUACCUUCCCGCUGGAGCGGUACCUAUUUAUCUACUUGCACUUUUUGGUGUGCUUUCGAACUGCUAGGUUGGCAGGAGCAGGGACCGAGCAACGGGAGCUCAUCCCGUCGCGGGGAUUCGAACCGCCGACCUUCUGAUCGGCAAGUUCUAGGCUAUGUGGUUUAACCCACAGCACCACCUGCAUCCCUAAGGAGCAAGAUGCUGAACCACUAAAAAUCAGAUCCUUGUUGUUACAAGGAUACCAUGAACCCUGUAUACAAAGGCAAGUAUUUGUAUGAAUUUGCAUACAGGUAAAAAGCAUUGUUUUUGAAAUAACAGCAGACAUCACCUUGAAAGAGGCAUUGGUCCUGUGUUCAAGAAAAGGGAGAAAGCCUCCUCCAAGAUGUUGCUUGCCACCUGCAGUUUUUAUAGUCAUGUCAAAACCUUUUUUUAAAUGCUCAAUUAAUCAGGAGUGUGUUUAAUAGAUAAACACAUUUAACCAGUGCUCUAAUUGGUUAAACAUUGCAGCCCUAAAGGCAGCAUACUUGAUUGCUUCUAUGAGAGCAGUGAGCUGCUGUUUAUAAGAAAGGUUGGUGCACUCCCUUCCUUGCAGAUACAUUUCACCCAAAAAUUGUGAAUGCAGUGUCACUCCUGGGUCAAUAACUUCAGUGGGUCCUUCCUCCUCCUUUGAGGCAGUGGGCCUGCUCUCAGCUUUUUCCUUAUUGGUGAUGUGAAGCAGCAGAAGAACCCCUUUGUGUUCUGAAACAAGUAUGUGUUGGACCCUCAAGACACUAGUUGCCUUUGGUAGCCAGCAAAGAUUUGUGCUUGCAACAAGCAGCAAAGGAAAGGUCAGAGUCUGGUUUGACAUCACCCAGUGCUUUAGGCUCAGGGAAAGUGGAGUAAGGGAAGUUGCUCCUUCCCGCUCCAGCUCUGAGCUGAGGUGAUGAAGAAUGGAGGGGAAGGGUCACCCCUGUUUUGCGGAGUCACAGCAACACACCAAGAGCUGUGAGAAAGUCUCAGUGCUUUCCAAGCAUCUCUGCAGACUAUUAGGCAGAGGACCCCAUUCUUCUGCAGACUCGGGGCAAGUACCGUAUUUUUCACCCUAUAGGACGCACUUUUCCCCCUACAAAAAUGAAGGGGAAAUGUGUGUACGUCCUAUGGGGCGAAUGCAGGCUUCUGCUGAAGCCUGGAGAGCGAGAGGGGUCGGUGCGCACCAACCCCUCUCACUCUCCAGGCUUCAGGAAGCUAUCUGCAAGCCUUGGGAGCCCACGGGAGUUCCCGCCGGGCUCCCAAGGCUUGCGGACAGCAGCCUGCAGCCCGAAACCCAUGGAGCGCACCCCGGGCUUCGGGCAGCUCUCCGCAAGCUUUGGGAGCCCGCGGGAGUUCCCGCCGGGCUCCCCAGGCUUGCGGAUAGUAGCCUGUUCUGGGGUCGGGGGAAGCUCGGACUUCCCCCACCCCAGCCCCGCUCCUGGGGGGGAUUUUUUUCUUUAUUUCCCCCCCCCCCAAAAAAAACUAGGUGUGCCCUAUGAGGCGGUGCACCCUAUAGGGCGAAAAAUACGGUAUGCUGCGAUUGCCAGGUUAAAAGAUGCCCUCCGCAGCUUCCAAUGGCAACCUGGUGACUGCAGCUGUGAGCCCAUGCUUGUUGGGUUAGUGGUCCUGUGAUGCUCUGGGUCCUUAAGUAAUGGCUUGGGGAAUCUUGCCAAACUUUGUUUUUUAUCUCCGCUUCAGAAUGAUGGCUAAGUUUUAGAACUGCCAUGUUCAGAGGCAGUGUAUCCCUCUGAAUAGUGUGUGCUGGGGACAGCUACAGAAGACAUCUAAGUUAGCUGCUGCAGGAAAUUUGAUUCUGGACUAGAUGGACCUUUGGUCUGAUCCUGUAGGUCUCUUGUGACAUGCAGCUGUUCCCAACAGGAGCAAGUGCUAAUGGCCAUUAUUCGCUCUGUGAUUUACACCUUCUAUCCCAUGUUCAGGUUCACUGCAGAAAAGGGACAGUAGCUUCUGAAUAUGAACAUAUGGGCAAUAAAGAAAAACAGCUGAAAGCUUGUCUAGUUCAGGCAUCCAUUCAUUAGCCGCACUUUUGAAUUACUGAAUUGGGCAUUUUUAAGAGCAGAACUAUGUGCUCCCCAGCACCUGAGAAGUAAAAAUAAAUAAAUAAUAAUAAUAAUAAUAAUAAUAAUUUAUUUAUACCCCACCCAUCUGGCUGGGUUUCCCCAACCACUCCAGGCGGCUUCCAACGGAAUAUUAAAAUACAGUAGCCUAUUAAACAUUAAAAGCUUCCCUAAAAGUCUUCCAUUCUCCUUAGUUUCUUCACCUAGAACCAAUGUUCCCACCCUUCCCUCAGUACAAAUUACCCAUGAUGCAACUGCUUCUGGAGAGUCCCUCAUUAGCUUCCUUAUAGAGGCUUCCUUCUCUUUUGGCUUCACCAGUAAGGAAUGCAGUUGUCCUUGUUUCACUUCACCUUCGCAGGGCUGAGCGAGGGCCGUCCUGCUCUUUUUGCACAGUGCACGCACAGUACUUAUAGCUGUGUCCCUCUCACGUACUUGCAGCAGGAAGGCGGAAGCCUCCUCCAGAGUAGGUGCCAGCAGCCAGUCAGCUAGCCAGUCAGAAGGGCUCAGUGACCAUGCUUUUGAUUCUCCGAAUCCUGCCACGUGCUCCUGAAUUGAAAACAGCAGAAACAGGAAUCUUGUUUCCCUUCCAAGCACUGCUUGCAAAACACUUUCACAUUUCAGAAAUGGGAGGACCCUUGAACCAUUUGCAAAGCCAUAUACAAACAAUCUGUUACCAAGGAUGUGCAGAGAACUUGGCUGAAAUUAUGGAAAAUGGUUGUUAAUUUCAGUAGGCGAUCAGAAUGCUGCAACAGUAGUUGAAUGCUGCAGCAAGUGAAGUGAUAAAUUUGUCUUGGCAGGCCAUUUCUUCUCCAUUUUAUUACAGUAGAUUGGCAGAAGCCAAUAUUUAACUGGACUGCAAAAUGCAAGUCAAUAUGAUCUUUAGACUAAGUAUGAAAAGAUGACUACUUAGUAAGUAGCAGUGAGACUUUAGAUAACCUGAAGGACAGAGAAAGGUGAGGCAUGGUGGGAGCUCUCUCUGCCCAGGGCAGGCUUGCACAGCUAGCAGUUCAUCACCAUAAAUUCAUCCCGCCAGCCGUAAAGGGUCCACAUAACCUUCUGUAUGGCGACCUGCCUGAGACCUCCAAAACAAGGGAUUUUUAGGGACCUAACAGACCACCAUAAGUGACUCAUGGGCUUUGUAUGGCUUGCUGCAUCGCAAGUUGUGCAGGCCUGCCUCAAGCACAAACCAUUGAAUUGGCUUCCUAAGAAUGAAUCUGUCUUCAGGUGCAUCCUCUCUCUGCGCUGAAAGCGACCUCAUUCAUUCCUACCCAGGAAGAUUAUGUGAAAGGUGCUCUUGGCAGCCUUUGCCUUCCAAUUUCCUUCAGCUGUCGGGGCUGUCUUGCCCUCCAGCGUACAUUCCAGAAGUUACAUAAAAAGUGAUGUGCUGUUCUUUCCGCUCACCAGUCCGGAAUGAGCUUAGAUAAGAAUGUUGUGUGGGGUGUUGCCUAGUGGUGCCUGUUUAGCUUCUUAAAAAUCCCUGUUGAACAGUUACUGUUCUAAAAUAAAACUUGUGCACAACUUUUCCAUGGGUUGGCCAGGUUUGGUGUCAGGGCUGUGGCCUAUAUUUUGGCCCAGUUCUAUCUGUGCUGAACUGUCAACAAUGUCUAGGCAACACGAUGACCAUAUACAUACAUAAUAGACAAUCUUUUAUAGAAUUCCUUCAAACAAUAACAAGUUCAAAAUGAAAUCUUAGUCUCAAAGUCUCUGAAAAUCUUUAAAUGAAGCGAGGUACCAGACUUUGUAUGAUGAAAGACAAGCUGUGGAGCUUAGUGUAUUCAGCAAAUACAGUGUCCAACACUGAACAGAGAUUCCACAUAUUGACUGCUGUUUCGUAGAUUUUCAUCAGCGUGGUGGGAGAAUAUAAAAUUGUUUCAUAAACCCAUCUUAUUUCGAAUGGCUACAUAUUGCUGUUUAUUUUGAAUGACAAUUCCACCCCCUUUGUUCACAGGUGAAAUUGGUGAAAUAAAGAAAUGGACGGAUUCGUAUUAGCUGGAGUAAAUAAUGAUUUACUUUAUUUCACCAACUGGUAUUACAAGAUUUGGAAAAAUUAGAAAAGAAGGGUCCCAAAAUUAAGGACAGUUUGUCCAAGUCACAACAUGAUUGGCAAUAUGUAGCUUGCGGAUAGCUGCCUGAAGCCCGGGGAGCGCAGCGGGAGUUGGCGCUGUGCUCCCCAGGCUGCGGGCUGCUAUCCGCAAGCCUUCAGAGCCCGGCGGGAACUCCCGCUGCGCUCAGAAGGCUUGCGGAUAGCUGCCUGAAGCCUGCAUUUGCUCCAUAGGACGCACACACAUUUCCCCUUCAUUUUUGGAGGGGAAAAGGUGCGUCCUAUAGAGCGAAAAAUAUGGUAUGCCUUUUAAGAGUUCCUAACAUCCUCUUCUUAAGCAACCUUCUCCAAGUUUUCUAAGAAGUGAGCAUAAAAUAAUUUCACUCCUUCAACCUCCAUGGAUAAGCACAUGUUAAAAUUUGUCUCAAGUUUGGAUCCAUAACCUAGUCUCUGAUGCAAUUGCAGCCGUAUCUGAAACUGGUAGAAUAAUAGGGGCAUAAGUGAAUCCAAUGGGCCUGACAAGGAUCAAGGAACUUGCAGGCCAGUUAAUGUCUGUUCUGCCUAAAUUGGUAGAAAGCAUUCUUAAGGAUAAAAAUAUUACAUAUAGAAGAAUAGGUUCUGGCAAGGAAUAGCUAACAGGACUUUAUGGUCUUUUCCAUAGCCCAAUGAUACAGCGCACUGUUUGCAUGGGUUGGCAGGGGGUUGGACUCGAUGGCCCUUGUGGUCUCUUCCAACUCUAUGAUUCUAUGAUUCUAUGAUUCUAUGCAUGCAAAAGGUCCCAGAUGAAAUCUGCAACAUUUCCGGAUAAGAAACCUGCCUGCAACCCUGGAGAGCCACUGCCAGUCAGUGUAGACACUGUUGAGUUAGAUCGGCAGUUCCCAAACUGUGGUACUGCCCCCUGGGGAGGGGCAGCAUUACUUAGCAUGGUAAUGGAGGUGUAAAUGACUAUCAGGCAUUGAAAAGCAGGAAUCACUGGCUAUCGGUUUUGUUCAAUUAAUUAACCUAAAUAGUUUUAAUUGGAUUUUGAACAAAUGUGCAAUUAAUUGUUACUGUUUUCAAUUUUAAUGUACUAGUAUCUUCUUUAAUGGGUUGUACAAACUGCUGUUCUUAAUCUUUUUACAGGGUAGAGGGCAUGGGUUGAGUUUAUGGAAGGAGGGGGUUGGCCCCCAAAUGUUUGGGAACCACAGAGCUACAUAAACCCAUGAUCUUGAUUCAGUAUAAGGCAGUUUCCUCUGCUUGCAAAGAGAAAGAUCUGUCUCACUAACCUUUUGAAGUUUUUUGGGAAACGGGCAGAAGGAAGUACUUCUCCACAGCACAAUGUUAAACUAUAUCGCAAGAUGUAACAAAGGGUUAGAUGGCUUCUAAAGGCAAUUACAGUGGUACCUCGGGUUAAGUACUUAAUUCGUUCUGGAGGUCUGUUCUUAACCUGAAACUGUUCUUAACCUGAAGCAACACUUUAACUAAUGGGGCCUCCUGCUGCUGCCGCGCCGCCAGAGCACUAUUUCUGUUCUCAUCCUGAAGCAAAGUUCUUAACCCGGGGUUCUAUUUCUGGGUUAGAGGAGUCUGUAACCUGAAGCGUAUGUAACCCGAGGUACCACUGUAUGCUGAUUCAUGGAGGAUAAGGCUGUCAAUAGUUGCCAGCCAUGAUGGUUGUAUACCACCUCCAAAAUGAUGAGUACCAGGCAUUGGGAACAAUAGGAGAGGCUAUUGUCCCCAUCUCCUAUUUUGUGGGCAUCUAGAGACAUCAGGUUGGCUGGUAUCUGGAACCUGGGCUGGGUAGGUGUUUGAUCUGAUGUGGAUGACUUCUUCUUUUUUCUUGCUCAUGGGGGUUUGAAAGGCGUGAGGGUACUGGCAUCCAAGAUCCUUUCUGCUUUCCCUCCUCUCUCUUCUCUCUCCCCCCCCCCCCUUUUGGGCAGCCUGUGUUUUGCCAUCUGCAGUCACUCGUGCUCUGCUAACAUGAUGCUGCUGCUGAGUUGCGUAACCAGACUGUGCCCUCAGGGGAAAUCCCUCCUGCACAUUGCUUCAGAAUGGUAAAAUGCAAAUGUAAUAAGCACUGCGAGGGCACAGACCUGCCCUGUGGCUGUUUAUUCUAAGGCCCAGCUGCCUCUUCCACCCACCCUGGGCCAGAGCUGGUAGCGUCUCCAUCCAAAGCGCAGCUGCAGCGAAGAAGAGGCUGCCCUGUUAUGUAAGGGGCAGGGACGUGCCACUCUGCAUAUCCCCCUUGCUCGCUUCUGAGCAAAGUGCCAGCCAUGUGCUCUUAGAAAUGGGUGUCGUGUUCUUUGAUGGGCACUGAUUUCCCGCUGCUUUCAUUGGUGCUGUUGGCUUCUCAUCCUGACUGAAUACCUUGGAGAACAGAGGCGCAGGCAGCUGACUUAUAGCGAGUCAGACCAUUGGUGCAUCUAAGCUCAGUUUUUGUCUACACUGACUGUCAGGAUUUCAGGCAGGAAUUUCUCCCAAUCCUUCCUGGAGAGGCAGGAGAUCGAACCAGCAAUCUUCUGCUUGCAAGGCCAAUGCUCUCCCACUGAGCUAUGGCAGCUGAGGCCAGAUUUCUGCAGGCGCUGGAGUUUGCUUGUUGCAGUGCUCUUAACGUAAUCAUUUAGCCUGGGCCACAAGCCUAUGGAGCUGCCUUAUACCAGACUAUUCAGUCCAUUAGCCCAUUCAUUCUUCCUUGUGUAUGAGAGGUUUGACGGCGGGUACAUGUCCAGUACCUGCCCUACUUACUGAAAUAUUUUUCAUGGAAGAUGUCUGGAUUUGAACCUGGGACCUGCGUAUUGGUCUUGUCCUUAAUUAGUGAGCCAUAGGCCCCUCCGCUCGCAUGAUUCAUUUGCGUUCAAGGGUUGAUGUGAGCUGAAAGUCACCAACCUUUGGCUCAGUCAGGGCAUGCUUGUCUCUCAUGCUUGUCCUGGGACAAGUAAAUAAUGUAAACACUCCCCACCCCCACCCCGGUCACAAUUCCUCAGAGAUUCACAGUGAGCUAUCAGUGACCUGGAACAGGCAGCGAGGAGGAGUGAUUGGAACACACCCUACAAUUCCUUGUUAAUGUAAAAUGGGGAGGCUGUUCUAACUAUGACAGAAAUGGAGACUUGCUUGUUCACAUGAGCUCUUGCUAAAUCACAAGAGAAUGAUUUCAGAACUGAAGGCAAGAACUGUUGUGCCCAACCAGCAGAAGAUGGAGAUCUGCUGGGCUAAAACACCUCUCUGUACAGUCAUACCUCGGGUUGAAGUCGCUUCAGGUUAAGCCUUUUCGGGUUGUGCUCCACAGCAACCCGGAAGUAAUGGAGCACGUUACUUCCGGGUUUCGCCGCAUGCGCAGAUGCUCAAAAUGACGUCACACGCAGAAGCGGCGAAUUGCUACACGUGCAGACGCGCAGUCGUGGGUUGCGUUUGCUUCAGGAUGCGAAUGGGGUUCCGGAACGGAUCCCGUUCGCAUCCUGAGGUACCACUGUAUCUGCAGUAGGGUUCUUUCCCGCAGCUCAAGCUGAAGUGGGAAACACAGAAAUCUCAAAGCUUUGCAUUUGCCAGAGCUACUGCUCUGUAAUGCCUUUUCCCUUGCUGGUGGUGUUUGAAUUCACCUAGACUGUUGCCCUCUGUUUGCUCUGCAAAAAGUUUUUUUUUCACACACAGGAGUGUUUGCCUGUCACCUGCACCCACUUGUAUAUUAGGCAUGACUGAUCCUUGGUGUGGCCUUCCUUCUCACAGGGUCAGGGCUAGUGACUAAGCCUUUUCCUUCCAUUGGCAAGAUCAGAACCAUUAAUCUUGCAAAGGCUUACAUAAGACUUAUUGCCAUGAUCUAACUUGAUGGUUGUCAUGUUCACUCCUGCAACCACUGAGGGGCUGUGGAUGCACGCACAAACAUAUUGAUGGAAUUUAGGUAAUGGGGUGUUUUUCUCCCCAGCCCACUGAUUUAUAAGCAUAGUUUGUGUGUGUUUGCGUAAUACAGCAAACAUACCAGUUUUGGAUUAUUUCAGUAUUUGGAGUUCCAUAAAAUUCGGAAUUUCUGGCAAAGAUCUGAGGUGACGAAAGAGAUGAAUAGGAUUAGGAAGAGUCAAAACUUUAGUUUUUGUAAGGGGGCCUAUGAUGUUUGCAGGAGUGAGAUAUAUUUGCAGUGACACCAAGUGCACAGCCAUGUACGUAGAAACCCUCAAACGAUAUGUCAAAAUCAGAGCUUUCGAAAUGACAGCACAUUCCACAGGGUCUGAUAGGUCAGGCAGCAUCUUAAGCCGAAAGUUACCUGCUUUCUGCUUCAGCUGAUUUUGUCAAAUAGGUUGCCCUGUCUGUUUAAACGUUGCUCUAAUUGCAGGAGCCUCACCUGAACCCUCCUCUCUUAAGGGGCCAAUUUUAACUGUAUCUAAGCUCCGUUUAUGAAGCACCUUUGCCAAAUCCAACAAGGAAAUUAGAGCCUGGGAAAAUGCAUUGCCAAUUAUCGCAUACCCUUUAACCAUUAUUUUCUGCUUGCAGCUUCCUCCAACUAAUUGGGCUUUCCACUGGAGGGUUUGUCACAAGAAACUUGGUUGCUGAGUUUGGAUGCUGAAGUGAAAACUAGCCUAAACCUUACUCCCAGGUGCAUUUUGUCAGCGAGGUAUGAGGCAGGUUGCCUGAGUUAUGAGCCCAAUAAUUGGCUUAAUGCCUCUUUACGCUCCCAGCCAGGCUAACUUGAAGUCUGUGCAGCGGGGCAAAGCUUGUCUUGUUCUGCUAAUUCAGUACAGAAAGCAACACCUGGAAGCCCUGUGCCUUUUAGAACUAUUAAGCUGCAGGGCUGUUAAACAGAAAAUCUGACCAUGCUCCUCAGUUAAUUCUCACCAUUGGGAGCCAAGGGCUAAGUGACUUAGAUGUGAUGUCAUUCAUGUUAUAUUUAGCAUUUAUAAAGGGCUUUGUGUACAGAAGACUGAAAAUACAUUCUAGCAACCCCUACAAUAGCCGUGUAAAGGAACUGACGAAAUUGUGAUGUUACUUUAAGAGUGAGCUGGGAUGAGAUUUGCAUUGGGGGAAAAACUCUCCUUCACUUUUACAACCCACCAGCUCUCACUGGGGAUAGACUUGUGCUGUUGAGUCUAGUUUAGGGCCAGUUUCACAGAAACACGAGAUGGCUUUGAGAAGGUGCAAGAGGACACUAUGGCAUGUUCCCUUCAGCUUAUCACUUUAUGACUAUGGAUCAAGCUAGACACUUACAUUCAUGCAAAUAUCAAUUGCACGAAAUGGCUUUUUCAAAAAAAGUAAAAAAGCAAGCCCAGCAGGUGCCAUCUAGAUGGAAAUAGGUGCUUUAACCCUUCCUGCCCCCGCUGCAGUCCUGAUCCUGGUGAACUUUGGGACAUACCUGCUUACUUUCAAACAACUACAAAUCGCAUGAAUGUUGCGUGGUCCAGUUUGACAUUAUGACUCCUCUGCUGGUCCCAGCCUCUUUCAGUGCCUCUGUUUAGAACUGACUGUGUAAUAAGAUUCUUACCCAAAAGAUGGUGACACAAAAUGGGGAAGAAAAUGCAAUUCACAGGGUAGAAGAGAUCAAGGCCGAGGGAGUGCAGCUGCCUGUAAGCCCAGGCCACAAGAUGCUUGAGCAGAUGAAACCAGAACUGAAACACUGUGUGUGCACUGGAAGAGGCCAAAAUUAGCAGUUAGUUGGGGGACUGUAGCUCUUGAACCGAGCAUGUAAAAGCAUCAUGUAAUAGCCAAGUGACAGCGGUGUUGGCGCAGCUUGCGUCUCCUGCCAUUUAAGGUGGAGGUGAGCUGGAACGGUGCAGACGGUUUCAUUGUGUGGAGGACAGGAGAUAGAGCAACUAUAUAGAGACUCUUGAUUUUAGCCUUUGGAUGAAGCGAGUGCUCUGAACUUCUUCAGUUCAUUGCAGCAGUCAGCCAGCUUCCCCUCCACCGUCUGCAGUGUAGAGGAGUUGGUGUUUGGCCAGGAAAUCUACAAAUGCUUGCUUUCGGCACUCAAGGGAGAGAGAUGCUGCCACCACCACCAUUGCAACUUCGAUGAAACACUAUAAUUACGCACAGACCUCGGAGAGCCGCAGCGGAGAAGUUACAGGAUAAACUGCAGAGCAAAACACUCAGCCAGCUUUGCAAAUGUGUCUGGUGACACUGGUAGAAUGCUGAUACACUCGGCUUGUCCCUCUAAUCUCCAAGGUCCUGGGGGGAUCUCGUUGCUGUUUCACUGGGACCAUUGCCCAGCCCAGGUGCAGCAGUCAACACCAGGGAGGUCCUGCACUGCCUUUGGGGCCCUUGUUUUAGGGCUAAAAGGCGGUUUGCGUAUAUUUUAAUUUAAAAAGAUCUUCUUAAGGGGCAGGUGGAAUCUCUGAACAAAAGUCAAGGACAUCCCUGCCUUGUUAGAGGUGGAAGUGCCUCAUUGGUUUCUUCUGAUCAACCACAGUUGCUGCUGGCAUCUUAACUGGGAGACUGUAUUCCUUGAGGAAGGAGAUAAGACCCCCAAAAAUUGUUUAAACAAGCCUACCCAGAUGUUUAAAACGUUGGUGCGUGUUUAAAUCUGUUUUUAAUCUAUUGUUAUUUUAACUUUUGGAUAGGCUUAAAUUAUUGUUGCUAACUUUUCUCGUUGAUAAUUUCCAUGUUUUAUCUUUUUGUAAACUGCUUUGAGGAUAUGUUUUUACAGUGAGGCAGUGUGUACAUAUGAUGAAAUGAAUCAUAAAAUUGAUGGGCUUGGUAUGCCCAUUCUUCUCUGCCAAGGCUGGUUGUUUGUGGCCAAAGGAAUGCAAAGGGUUUGGAGGCCAGCAAAUGUAACCAGUAUUUGUUUGACCAGAGUUGUCAUAAUUCAUUUUCUUUUCUCUUUCUUGAUUUCUUACCAGGGACCUACAAUCUCCACGACUUACAUGCAUAGAGGAAAACUGAGGAGGCUCCAGGCCGAUCACCGGGAUCUCUGGCGACGUUAAGCAUCGAGAUUCUUCUUAAAAGUCACAUGAGACACCUAAGAGGAGCAGGAGCUGUUGUAACCCAUUUCAUUAUUGAGACUCUUAAAAGUUUAUCAAAUUUAUGUUCCCCCCUUCCUCUCCCCUUGUUCCCUUUCCCCUUCCCCUCCUUUCUGCUCACUCAGCUUUGCUGACCAACUAAAUCUGUGCACAUACUUCUGGAGAAUUCCUUUUUUACCUAAACAAAAUACGGGGUUGGGAUAUGCAAAACAUUUUUUUCUACUGCUGCUAAACACCAGAACUCUGGGUCCAAGAUCUGUUUUUCUUAGUGUUUGUUUUUAUCUGGAAGAGAUUCAGAAGGGAUGUUGGGAGACCUAGAGCUGAACGCAAGUUGUCAACUCUAGAGGUUGCUGCUGAUUUGGGGAACAAAAAGCAAGGUGGAAUAAACCUUUCUCCUUCUCCCUUUCCUAAAAGUGUUCUUCACCAGUGGAACUUGGCAAUAAGAAGUCAUGAUUACAAGAAUAAACUCUUUCUUUUUUUUAUGUGGCCACAGGACUACAGGCAGUGCGGUGCCUGAGAAACAGCUGCAGUUUUGCAUGCCAAAUUUCACAGGUCAAGAACAUAGUAGUAUUGGGAGGGCAUGAAGAGAGCCCACACAUGGGCAGGUGUUUUUUCUGCCCUUGAAAAGUCCACCAAUGGGUUUGGUGGCUUGCUUGGCUACUUAAAUGACCGUGAGAGCCUGGACACAUCAAACUGAUCCCUUAACUUUGGGCUCAUUUUGGCUACUUUGGCUUGGUAGAUCUUGCCCAUAUCUGCCUUGCUGUAAAGAGAGAGUGUAUUAAGCCUAGCCCAGCUUGCCCUUGAGGCUUAUACAUAAACCCACUCAAACUCACACUUAAUACCUUCCUCUUCUGCAGUCCUCUGGUUUGAAACACUCUUAACUCUUCCAAAUAUCCCAUUUCCUAGCUGGCAUUCCAGCAAUUGUUUUUUAGCUGAUCUCUUCCAGCGAUGAGCAGGUCUUUACACUAAACUUACCAGCUGCCGCAGAGGGAGGUUCUAAUCCUGUCCAUCUCUUCUUCCAUCGGUCUUGAUUGGCAAUGGUCCUACUACUUUGGGGAUGAGGCUGUUUGAUCCAGGCGCUGUCCAGACCUAUGGAAGUGAAGGGAGCGGCUUUGCCAAGCCAGCGCAAUUCGGUUAACACUUGUUGGCAGUCCACUUGCUGGGUUGCCCUCAUACCUCCACACUACUACUGAGGCUGAUGGCUGUGGCCGUGGCCAGGAUUUGUGAGACUCUGGAGGAGAUGCUGUGCUGUUUAUUCUGCGGCUCUUGGAAGGCCAUGAAAGAAGUCUCUGCUUUGCCUACUGUCUUGCUCUUUGCAUCCCCCUCUUUCUGGGAUGUGGGCAGCCACAACCAGGGCACGGAUCAACCAGAUUCUUCCCUGGAUGGUUAUUUGUGGCUGAGAAGGCUUGCCUGCUUAUUUCAAGGCCUACCAUUUGCAAGUCCUGGUCUCAACUGGAUUUCCUAACGCUGGGGAUCAAUUUGUGUUGAACUUCCUUUGCACACUACCCAGAAAAACCCUCAUUUAAUUAGCUGUCAAGAAAUCUCGGUGUAGGCUAUAGACUUUUUGCUCUUGAUCUAAGCCACGACCUCUGUGUCUGUCUGUCUCUCUCUGUCUCUGUCUCUUGACCCUUCAGUGAUUCCCUUAAAGUGAAAAUGAUUCACCUUGACUGGCCUAGAACAGGGUUGAGGAACCUUUGGCCCUCCAGAGAUUGUUGCAGUUCCUAUAAUCCCUGACCACUGACCAUGCCACUUGGGGCUAAUCUACCAGUUUCCUUGCUGCCGAACUAGAAGGCUCCAGGUGAUGCACAGGUCUUGCUCCUCCUAACCAGGAAUAUAUUUCAACCAGUUAGAACAAAGCAGCUUGAAGUAGGUGAGUCAACCAUAGAACAGCCAGAGUCUCAUAACAGCAUUUGCUUAGCAAUUUAUCCGCUGUUGCUGUUUCUGUUCCACACAACUGUGCUCAUGGCCAGAACAGCAAGAUGUGUUGAUGAGGAGAAACAGUCUUUCGAGAAGGUUCACCAAGGGUUGCUUUGAGUUUGCAACUCGGCUAGCUGGCAAGUUUUGAAACCAAGAGAUUCGUGAGCUCCCUAGGCUUAACCCUUUCCUAUUUCUGAAUGCUAGCAAGAUAGGCGGUUUCCCUUCCUCUUCUCCAGAGCAUCUGUGUGUAGCGGUCUUUGUCGGAGUAGAUUAGUCCUUGCUUCUCACUCCUGCGCCUUUGAGGUGAGGGGCAGGGAGGAACCCACAGGAGCGGAUGCAUGACCCAGACUCUGGGAUAAGCUCUGCAAGCAAAUGCCAACCCGUAGCUCAGUUCCUCCUCGCUGCUUCUGGGACUUCAGGCACACAUGCCCCUCUCGUGCUCACGCUGCAGUAAAUGCUUGUGGUUUUGUGGUGGUAGCUUGACCAUAGUGCCUUUAUUUGGAGGGGUGUGGGCCUUGAAGGAGGCAGCAUUGGGCCAAGGAAGGAGUUUCCCCCUCUCACUUGUAUUUCAUUGUUGCCCCCAAAAUGUCGUCUCUUCCCUCUUAUUCUCUGGGGCAGCUUCGUUCGGUUGCCCACGGAAUACAGCUAAAUCUCUUUGGAAAGACCUUAAAUGUUUUUGCAUUGUCCUUGUGAAUCUGCAACAAACGUUUAUGGGCAGGGUGGGAGAUCUGCAAGAUGGCAUGUGAAUGAGAGCAGCGUUCCUUCCUUGAAAGAGCAGGCACACACGCAAGUUUCUCUUGAGGAGACCUUCUGCCCGAUGAGCUGCUCCCAUUUCUGGAUGCUGUCCCGUUUACGGUUGUUUGUGUGAACGCAUCGAUUCUUGGAGUCCCAUACUGUAGCCUGGUGUUUCGUCUCCCAACUUCACUCCUAUAGGGAUGGGUGGCAAGAAUCCUUCAUCCUUGGAUGAAUUUGGCAUGGGGAUUGCCAGCUUAUUCCUGAGGAAUGUGAAAUAUCACUGAAGGUCCACGUCACAGUUGUUUUGGAGGGGUUUGACUGACAUCACUUUCAUGCGUCGUGUGCAUGACUUUACAUUAAAACUGUUUACAUCCAUGUCGUUCGAAGCUGGCAGUGUGGGCUCAGACCUGCCAGACAUUGUCUUGUAUGGGUGCGGCAAGCGGCAGCAGAGGACCUGAGGGGUGAAUUUCACAACUGGCUUCCAAAGUCCCUGACCACUACAACCACCAUCUCCAUUUCCUUUGACUCCUCCUUGUGUGUUGCAGGCAUAGCAGACCCAGCCACAAAAUUAGCAGCAUUGCUUGUUUUAGUAAUCUCUUUUGCAAGCACAGAGUGGGUGCUGUCACCUUCUGUACCAGAGUGGACCGCUGCGAAGUUGAGAGGAAGGAUGAGGACAGGGUGACUCCUAACCUCACCACAGGGUACAACUGUCCCAGGGGCUACUGCUGAGCAGUUUGUUGCAGCACUCCUGAGACUUAGGACUGACACCUUCUUGCAGGAUAUUUUGAACGUCCUUUUCAGGGACAGCACCGUUGGUAGAACCAGGGCAUGAAAUAUGGGGCCAUAAUGGCACUGUCCCAUCAAAAAGUCUCCUCCUGUGCUGCUCAUGUCAUUCUCCUGCAUAAAGCCCCUGGGCAAGCAGGCCGUGAUGGUCCUCACCAGCCUUUCGUGGUUUGGUUGGAUGACAAUCCUUAGGGAAGAUUUGGCCAGUGAUAUUUGAUGUCCCGGGCACUUCCAUGCUUCCAGUGCUGCUCCUUGAGAAUUAAAUGCCGCAGGAAACCCACCAGUUUCUCUUAAGCUAAUGUGGCUGUUCUCCUGGCAAUGUUGAUCCCUUUGCUACUCCUCCAGUAUCUCCCUGAACCUUGUUUUCCUUCCAUGGCAGAGGUCAAGGGGAAUCAGUAUACUUAAGGGGCCCCUCUUUCUCCUCCUCCUUCUGCUGCUGCUGUUUUUAGGAUUGAGGUGCUAAUAAUGGGUGGCAAUUGUCUUCCUUUUCCCCUGAUGCUUUGGUUCCCUCAGGAUCCCACUCAGACAUCUCCAAACACUGUCAGAGUAGAGCAAUAAACAUCCCCCACUCCUGGUGGGAGAGAGAACGCGGUCUCUGUGAAUUCCUUGUCUUUCUCCCCCCCUCUCCAUAUAUGCAUUUGUCUAGUCCGGAUUUAACCUUGCUGGGUGUCACUGUAGCACAGCUUACAGUUUAAGCCAAGGGGUAUUUUUUACCUGGGCUGCGCCUGGCUUCCCCUUUCAACAAAAACACAUCUCUGAAGCAAACGCACCUAAGGAACAGGAUUGCUCUUCUAUUUAAACAGACUUGCACCCCUUCUAUCAGAGGUUGUAUGUGCAAGGGCAGAGGCACAGUGAGGGACUUAAAUCCCCUCUCUCAAAAAUAGACCUCUACCAUCCACCAUUGGCUUGGGGCAGAGGCUGUUGGACCUCCCUCUUGUGACAUAUGUCACUGUCUGUCGUUUCCCCAAUCUCAGUGUUUCUCAAACCUUGGGUCUCCGGCUGUUGUUGGACUACAAAUCCCAUCAUCCCUGACCACUGGUCCUGCUAGCUUGGGGUGAUGAGAGUUGUAGUGCCAACAACAGCCGGAGACCAAAGUUUGAGAAACGCUUUCCUAUUUACUUGAGUCCAAGGUACCUAACUGAGGGUGGGUGACCAGUUACCUUGGAAGCUGCUUUCUGGGUGCCCAGUGCCAUGUGUCCACUCAGCUUGGACCGCUUCCUCGCAUGAGUCUCUAUCCAUGAGUCUCUAUCCCCCAACGCAAGCAGCAGCUUUCCACUGACCAGAAUGAAGUGUCUGUUGCAGAAAGCUGCCCAGAGCUACUAUCUGGGUUGCUUCUCUGCCAGGCGUUUUUAAGUCAUGGGACGCCAGUGCUUGAUCGGCAAGAUGGAAAAGCCACCUCAGCCCUCCUUUCUUGGGUGUGUUUCUCUGCUGUAGAGCUUUCCUAGUUGCAAGGAAGCCAAGUCGAAGGAGAAAGCGGGAUGCAUGCAUCAAAGUCACAGCUUCUCGCUCAGGUGGUCACUCUGCGUUUAGCUGUACCGUUUAAGAGUGUAGGUGAGGUCUCGUAUAUGGAAGUCACUUGUUUUCUUAAAAAACACCACAUAGGAAACUGGCAUGUCAUGGACAAGAAGAUCUAGCCGCCUCUCUGCCCUACACCAAGUUUUCUGAGCAGAGGGCUGGAGGAGCACUCCAUUAUGCACCACCACCACCCCCCAAAACACAUCCACACACACUUGCAGUCUGAAAUGACACAGCAAAGGUAGCCCACCUUGGUCUGAACUGGCCGUAGUCCAGCCUUCCCUCCCCCUGCCUCCAACCUCAUCCCUUUCUCUCUCCCAUUUUUUUCCGUUUGGUCCAGUUGCGAGUUUGGCCCACCUUAAGCUUGACUGGACAUGGUGUCUUCUUAAACCUGGAAAACCUGCACACACAAGGGAAAGGCUUAAACCCAGACUCCAAAACACAGUUUCCAGUUUUGCAAUUUCUCAUUUUUCUUUGCACAGAAGCUGGUAACCUAGGACCUGUGUGCGUGCGCGCGCGUGUGUGUGAACAACUUUAUAUGUUGUUGGUUGUUGUUUUUUUUUAAGCUAUUUGGUUUACUUGGGUUGGUGUGCGACCUUGUAUUUAAGUUUCUUGAACACUGUGGAAACCCUGAUUGUGUAUGAAUGGCAGCAGUUUUGUAAAUUAAAGAAACGUUUGUGUGAAUAAACGUAGAGGAUGGGGUUGAAAAGCCAUACCCAGUUUUGAGAUGAA